UGGAAACGUGCAGAUUUCUCCAUUUUUUUUUUGGUUGUUGUCAACUGUAACCAUAGAAACGUGUCAAUUCAUUUAAUUGUAACUAUGGAAACGUGCAGAUUUCUCCAAUUAUUUUUGGUUGUUGUCAACUGUAACCAUAGAAACGUGUCAAUUGAUUUAAUUGUAACUAUGGAAACGUGCAGAUUUCUCCAUUUUUUGUGUCAAUUGCCAUAGUAACUGCGUCAGCGGCGACUUGAUUGCCUUGACUAUUGCACAAUUUUCCGCACUGGGUUAGCAAUGCUACCAACCGACGGAAACGUCUCCAAACAGGCGAUCAAUAAAUGAAAUAUCUGAAAAAUGUGUCACUGUAAUAAUUUAAUCGCUUUAAUCUGCAUUAUUGCGUCAAAAAAUUCCGACAAUUGUUAUCAUUAUUUGUCGUCGAGCUUAGCAUUAGUUCUCGUGCGGACGUGUCAGAGUGAUGAGUGAGAUGGGGGCUCCGCCAGUUCCGCAUUUGUCGCUCCAGGUGGCCGAGGGGGAUGUCUUCGGGGGGGCGGCGCGCGUUUUGGGGGCGAUACGGCCGCAGUGGCGCCGUAUCGAGUUUAAGCUGUUGACAGAUGGCAUCACGAAUAAGUUGGUGGGAUGUAGUGGUGAGGGGGUGGAGGAGGAGGAGACGGUGCUGGUGAGGAUCUACGGGAAUAAGACUGACCUUCUGAUCGAUCGCAAGGCCGAAACGAGGAAUAUACUACUUUUGAGCAGUUUAAACCUGGCUCCUAGUCUGUACGCCACUUUCGAAAAUGGUCUCGCCUACCAAUUCGUCCCUGGGUGCACUUUGACCCCUACCACGGUCAAGGAACCCAAAAUUGCCCAUCUGGUAGCCACCCAAAUGGGCAAAUUGCACAAAGUCCAAGUACCGGACAUAUCCAACCCUCAACCCUUCCUCUGGACCAAAAUCCGGAAUUUCCUCGAUUUAGUACCUGAACAAUUUAGUGAUAUUACCAAAAAUGAGAGGUACCGUAAAAUUGGCCCUCGAAAAACCCAAAUCGAACAAGAAUUGAUUUUUUUACAAAGUAUUUUAAGCGAGGAAAAAUGCCCGAUUGUCUUUUGUCACAAUGAUUUACUCCUAGGCAAUGUGAUUUACAAUUCGGAUAAAAAUCAAGUCACCUUUAUUGACUACGAAUACGCCAACUAUAAUUAUCAAGCGUUUGAUAUAGCCAAUCAUUUUUUGGAAUUCGCGGGUGUCGAAAACGUGGAUUAUGGGAAUUACCCAACGCGGGAAUUUCAAAUUUUCUGGCUGAAAAACUACCUAAAUGAGUUUAAACCCGAUUUUAGCCAAUCAGAACUCGAAUUGUUGCUCAAUCAAGUCGACAAGUUUACACUCGCCAGUCAUUUGUUUUGGGGUAUUUGGGCCCUCAUCCAGACCGAACAUUCCGAUAUUGCGUUUGAUUUUUUAGGAUAUGCCGUUGUGAGAUUCAGUGAGUAUUUUAAGAAGAAAGAAGAGUUGGCAAGGAAAUGAAGACAAUAAUUGUUUUGUUUAAAGAAUCUCAAUAAAAUUUAUGCAAGUUGAUUAAAA